ACCAUACCAGAGCACCCGCCAACCACCCACCCUGGAAGAAAGACCUCAAAGACAGACAGUAGAUGACUCAUUUCGGCCGAAGCAGACCACCCACCCCCCACAUACCCCUUCACCCUGCCCUCACCUUUGAGACAAAACAAAAAUACUGGAAACUGAUGAAAAUGAAAUUGACGUAGAUCUAAUUGAAAUUGACAUAGAUCUUAAUAAUCUUAUUGAAAUUGACGAAUUUGAAAUUGACGCAAAUCUAAUAGAAAUUGAAGUAGAUCUAAAUUUAAAUGAACUUAACGUAGAUUUAAUUGAAAUAGACAGAAUUGAAAAUUGACGUAGACCUAACUGAAAUUGACGUGGAUUUAAUUGAAAUUGACUUAAUUGAAAUUUACAUAGAUGUUAUUGAAACUGACGGGGAUCUAACUGAAUUUGACUUAGAUCUAAUUGAAACAGGCGUAGAUCUAAUUGAAACGGACGAAGAUCUAAUUUAAAUCGAAGUAACUGGAAUUGACGUAAUUGAAAUUGGUGUAAUUGACAAUUGAUGUAAUUGAAAUUAACGUAAUUGAAAUUGGCGUAAUUGACAAUUGACGUAACAGAAAAUGUACGGGCACCACGCACUCCGAGACGUGUACGAGGCCAUCAAGCUUGACAACAGCUCCCAGCUCCAACAUCACCUGAUGACCCACACUACUAGCACGCCCUCUUCGUCUUCUUCUACUUCCUCUUCCCCACGACGAAUUCAGAAAUUAUCGGAGCUCGUCUCCUCCUUCAUCCCGUCGUCAGGGACAACGCUCAGCGCAUGCGCGGCGGAAUCCGGAAGCGUCACCUGUCUGCAGUCGCUCAUAGCUCUCGGCGCAGACGUGAAUGUCGCGGACAAGAGAAAGAGGACGCCUCUGAUGUUCGCGGUUUCGGGGAACCAUCUGGAAUGUGCGCAGAUUCUGUUGUCAGCCGGCGCCAAACUGAACGCCAAAGACGUGGACGAGAGAACGGCCUUACAUUUGGCGGCGGAAUCCGGAAACACUCAUUGUCUCAUUCUCCUUCUGGCGCAGAAGAGCGUCAAAGUGAAUUAUGGUGACGUCGACGGUGUUACCGCGCUUAUGUUAGCUUCAGCGAGAGGGCACGCGAGGUGUGUGACCGCUCUUCUAAAUCACAGAAGCUCUUUGGGCAGAACUACGAAAUCAGGAGUGACGGCGUUGAUGCUCGCUUCAGGUGAAGGUCACCUUGAUUGCGUCAAAAUUUUGCUGGCAGCCGGUGCGGAUGUCAACGUCACAGACCACUCCGGUCUAGACGCCAUCUUGGCCGCAGUUCGAGGACAACGCCACGACGUCAUGAGACACCUCCUAGAGAACAGAGCGAGGCUGGCGGGGCGGGAAAAGCAAUCGGGGAACACGGCCUUACAUUUCGCAGCGGAAAACGGAGAUUUGAACAGCGUUAAGAUUCUCACACGCUGUGGGUUGGACGUGAAUUGCACGGACUCAAAAGGGCGGACACCACUCAUGAUAGCAGCGAAGAACGGGUCUCUUCCUUGCCUCCAGCACUUGCUCAACAUCCCCUCCAUCAAACCCAACCUCCCCGACAGGAUGGGCAAGACGGCUUUGUUGCACGCCGCCCGAUCGGGAAAAUCCAAAUCUCUCGAGUGCCUCUUGCAGCACGGAGCCGACAUUGACCACAGAGAUGACACCGGGACUACGGCCUUAAUCUGGGCCACUGACCGCUCCAUCACCUUCCUCAAGGCCCAGGCGGACACUCUGAGGGUACUGGACAUCCUCCUCCGGGCCGGGGCUGACGUCACAGCGGUCAAUAACGACACGGACACCGCUAUGUCGCUGGCCUUUAUCCUGGACCACCGCGAGCAGUAUGUCAAGAGGAUCUCCUUGUUUCUAAAGCAUCGGGAGAGACAGCCCGCCAUUUUGAACAUCGCCUUGGACAGGCUGAGGAGAGCCAGUAGUGACCUCCUGGUCCAGAUCUUUACCCAGAGCUCUGUACUUCUCGUGGACCACAUUUAUGGCGAUGAUGUUGAUGAUGGUGAUGAUGAUGAUGAUGAUGAUGAUGAUGAUGAUGAUGAUGAUGAUGAUGAUGGCAACGCGGAGAAAGAAGUAGACGAAGAGAACAAGGGCGCAACUACUCAACAUCUACUCUCCCAUAACUCGCGUCGAAACAACAGCUGUGUAGAGCCACAGACUACAUCUACGUCUGCGCCUACGCCUACUCCUGCGUCUACGUCUACGCUUACGUCUCGGUCUACGAGGCACGUCUCAACACGACAUGACGUCACAACAAACACACGAACCCCCAGGAGGGAUCGACGACACGCCCACUUUCUUCUAACCCCGCCCCACGGCUACCUCGCAGACGCAGGAAAUAGAUCAAGGACGUCGUCACUUCCUUCACUACCGCGCGCUUUGGAGUCCGGGAAUCUCGGCAUGGCCAAGUAUCUGUUCGUCAACAUGGCGUUCUGUAGGCGGGAAGUGACGCGAGCGGACACCCGCGGGGUCGUGAACCGCCUCCAGACCCAGGGAGGGGAGGGGAGGGCGGCGUUUGAGGGAAUGUACAGUCAGCCCUGGCCGCUGGUCACUCUCAGCCUUCUGGCCGUGUCGAGGAGUGUGGGCUUCUCUCCCUUGUCCAGAGACAGGAGGAUAGGAGGGACAGGUCUGCCACAGAGGGUCAAGGACAUCUUAUCCUGCAAGACAGACAGAAGUCACAUCUGCGUCUCCCAGUGGCGGGACAUCCCCUUGACCUUUGACCCAGUUACAUACGAGAGUCUGCCCAAAGCGAGGCCACUCUUGUACAAUUGGCCAAUCGGAAGGAGCCUUCAAGUUUGUGACUGCUUCAGGUGUCAAGGUCUGGAUCUAAAGGUGUCCCAGUGAUUUGUUGAUGAUAACAGAAUUUAUAAAACAUUUGCAUUAUACUAUAGAGCAAAUCCUCACUCAACAGCAAGCUCUCUGCACCAUACAAUAUUUGGUCGCUUUUAAGCACAAGGG